CGAAACCCGCUAAGAAGCACCGAUGUAAGACAAUUUCAACUCUAUUAGUAGUUAUUUUACGUGGUGUUUUUUUUUGUAUUCCACCUUUCUAACAGCUUUGGCGAUCUUCGUGAAAUAUCUCCCUGUGUAGCUAUAGUCCUCUAUCCAUUAUAAAUUAAUCUACUUUUUGUUGUCAGAUAAUAAUUAUAGGAAGUGCGUAAUGAAACAGAAUAUAGAGUGGUGAAUUAAUUUUUCUAAAUUUCUCUCUACAUUACACUCGCUUUUGAGUUUGCUCCCGAUUAGAACUCGUAAUGAUCAUAUAUACGAAUAUAAGUAGAAACGGCUCUGCUGACGUGAAUAAGUGGUAGGCCUUCGGACGUAUGUAUGUAUGUGUGUAUGUUGCAACUCUGUGACUUUUUUCCGAACAUUUUGUAAGGUUGGGAGUCCAGUAAAUCUAAUUUUUCGCACAGAUCCAGAGAAAGUUAAAUGUGGAAUUGUUCAGUCAUAAUAGAAAUUAAUGAUGAGAGUGUUAAAAGCUGUACAUGUUUUAGCGAUCAUAGUUAUCCAGUCUAACUAUACUGUAAGUAAUGAGGUCAACUAGACUACAUCUUGAAGUUUAGGCUUACUUCAUUAUCCGAUGAGGUAGUUAAUCUAAUACAACUAAGUCCUAAAAGUUUGUUGCGUUUAUGAUGGUAAGGUAACCUGUGGUGAUCCUGACAUCACAUAGGUUGGUAGUCUAGUUUAUAUUUUAUAUUAAUCACUAAAGCAUAUAUAUAUAACAGGAACGUCUAAUGUCCAGAGGAAAGUGUACUGGUCAGAUAUUCACCUUUCAACAAGUUUUGAUAUAUAGACACCAGCAUCUUAUAUUUCCAGCAUUUCUUUACCUAAAGACCUCAUUUAACCACUGUAGUCGAGAGCAGUUGCGUCGAAGCUUGACUGUAGUGGGAAUGUCUAGAAAAUAUUAAUGGGAGCAAUUUUCUCAAAUUCAUACUGCUAUUUAAGAGGCUAUGAGUGAUUUACAUUUGGUGUUGACAACCAGUGGUGCCUGGUAAAGGCGCACAAUCAUGGUCUUUACGUAGUUGUUUUAUGGAAACUACUAGAUUUGACUCUGGCAUCUCAAGAAUCAACUCGCUACUGAGGAAGAACUCUCCUUAAAUUGCACUCACACACAAUAUAGGGCUUUAAGUGUGAACGGUACAGAAUCUGUUUUCUAACCAGUGGAAGUAAGAUUCUUAGUGUGUUUCGCACUCAUUUUCCACGUCUGACAGGUGUCAGAGGUGGUCUUAACUAACUCUUACCGGUGAAUUGUAUCAAGUUUGCCCGACUAGCUGGUAACGAAGUUUUAUCGUAAAAGAAACAAUGGUUUUUCUCGGUAGUUGCCAAAUUUUGUCAUCCUUUAUACUGGUGUCACCCGCUUAUCAGUACUUUAUAACUGUGUUAUAUCAAAUAAAGUUGGGUGACUUAUGAUUACUUUAUGGGCAUCUUGUUGGUAUUCUAAAGUUUCAAGUCCAGUCAGCUUCUUCGUGUUUAUUUACGAAUUUAUCACAACAGACCUACGCUGUAGUAAAUGUCUUCAGCUCUCAACUGCUUCGCUUUCUUUGGUUAUUUAAAUCUUCGAAGUCAGCAACAGCUUUAUUGUGAUCACUAUCACCACUACUAUUUAUUCUUCGCAUUCCGAGUGUAAUGUGAGGUUUCACUAGCACAUAUCCAUUUCACUGCGUUUUGACCGUCACAUUCAUUUGGCACCACGAUUGCCCAUAAGCCUCAUUCCCUUAUCACAUGAUCUCAGUGUUACUCUCGGAAUCUCAAAUUGUCGCUUCUCACUCGGGUUCCACCCAAGGGCUUGGCGCGUCAUUCAACAGUGUCCACACCGUAUGCUCAGUCUAUCUUUAUUUCCUUCAACAUAAUUGUGGGGUAAUAGGUUGUCGAUUGAUUCAACGCUUGUUACUGGUUGCUUAUCCUUCCCCGUUGGCCAUCUGAUCUUCAGUAUAGAGCCUGCGAAGGCAUCUAUUAAUGAGUCUGUGGGUUUUGGUGACGCCAUCUUCAGGCAUCUGAGUUGUAUUAAAACACUGACUUGACAUUAAUGUAUACGACUUGGAUAUUGUUUUAUGUUCUGAGUGCAGUAUAUUUCCCCACUGAAUUCAGAGCAAUAAGCACAUUUCUUGCUUUUCCAAUCCGGUGCUGGUAGGUUUUCAAGUCCUAAUUGAUACUGCCUGCAGUUGAGAUGGUGCUACCUAUGUAAGUGAAAGAGAUGACUUGCUUUAAAUUCCAGUCUUUGACAAUAAUUGGUGUUUGUUGUAGUUGAUCAAGUAUCUUUAUCGCCUCUACGUUCAGCUGAAUUCCUGUCUUUGCUACCUUUCCCGCCAGCUUGUUGAAAGGCGUUUGUAUACCUCCGAGUUUGUGUGAUUUGAGACAAAUCACCUGCAAAAUUCAGAUCCACUAAGGUCGUCCAACUUAUCUCUUUCUCCUCACUCUCCACGGCAUAAUAAGUUCAUAGUACAAUCGUAGUAAAUUAACCUGUGCGUUUCAUUGUCUCAUUUAUUACCAUGUGGGCUCAUCCUGUGUCCUUAUUGGAUUGUUCACACGUAGCAAUUAAGGUUUUUUAUGUACUAUUCUUUCUUUUGCACACUUUUUCUUGACUUAGCAAAUGGAUGAAGAACUCAAUGAUUCCGACAUAUCGCUGGACGAUUCAAUACAUUCAGGCGAAAAUGACGAGCUUGUAAACUUGUUAGAUGUCCCGUAUACUAGUACCGAGCCACGUGAAGAGGACUCAUUAGAAUAUGAGAUAUUGCAUCCUAAUCAACUAUCACAACUAAUGUCUGAUAUUACUAAAGAAGUUGAACAAAUAAUCCAAAUUGCCCCAACAUAUCUAAGGUUGUUGCUAGCUCAUUUCAAAUGGGAUAAAGAUGCUCUGAUGGAAUUUUAUUUUGAACAUGGGAAGGCGCAUACAUUUUCUCAAGCCUCAAUUAUAGAUCCUAUGGAUAUUCCGGAGACAAUUAGUCAUACAAAAACCAAUGAAAAGAAAACUGAAAUGUUUUGUGAUAUAUGCUAUCUUCCAGCAACUCCAAGUCAAAUGUAUGGGUUGUCUUGCGCUCACUACUUUUGUUUGAGUUGUUGGCAGCGGUAUCUCAAAAUAAAAAUUAUGGAAGAAAGCCAAAUCGAUCGAAUUUAUUGUCCUUCAACUAGUUGUCGAGUACUUGUUGAGGAUGAAAUAGUCUUUCAAAUGAUUACAGACCAAAAUGUACGCAAGCAUUUUUAUAAACUGAUAUCUAAUAGCUUUGUUUGCCACAACCGUUCACUGACUUGGUGCCCAGGAGUUAACUGUGGUCACGCUGUGCGUUGUUUCGGCCCACGUGAACCAUAUCAGAUCACAUGUACAAAUUGUUCUGAAUGUUUCUGCUUUGCUUGUGGUCAGCCAUGGCAUGAUCCAGUUCGUUGUGAACAGUUAAAAACAUGGAUUAAAAAAUUGGAAAAUGAUAGCGGUACACUUGGGUGGAUUGCAGCUAAUACAAAGGAAUGUCCGAAGUGUCAUGCUACUAUAGAGAAAAAUGGUGGCUGUAAUCACAUGACCUGUCGAAAUGUAGAUUGCAAGCAUGAGUUUUGUUGGAUGUGUUUAGAUCGUUGGGAACCACAUGGAUCACGGUGGUAUACAUGUAAUCGCUAUGACGAUUCCGCUGCUAAGCUGGCUAGGGAAGCUCAAGCUAGUUCUAGGUUAUCACUUGAUCGUUAUCUCUUUUACUCAAAUCGUUACUUAAAUCAUAUGCAGUCCUUGAGAUUCGAAGCUCGUCUCUACGAAACAGUGCAAAGUAAGAUGGAAUCAAUGCAAGCACAUGGAACAUCUUGGAUUGAUGUUAAGUUUUUCAGGAAACUAGUCGAGAUUUUGUGUCGUUGUCGCAGGACAUUGAUGUACACAUAUGCUUUUGCCUACUUCUUGAAAAAGAAUAAUCAUUCAUUAAUAUUUGAAAGUAAUCAAAGUGAUUUAGAACAGUCUACAGAACAAUUGUCAGAAUAUUUAGAUCGUGAUCUCUCCAGCAUCAGUUUAAAUGAAUUAAAACAGAAAAUGCAAGAUAAAGCAAGUGAAACUGAGUUUGAUCAGACGAUGUCUGGGGCUUUUGACAGAACUGGGGAAUUUCGUGCAUGUACUCAGUCGUUUCAUGAUCGCCUUCUCUCUGGUCGGUUACGCUUGAAACCCCCUCAUCCCAAAAAUUCAAGCGUAACUGAAAACAGUAUUACUACCGAACUUUUAACUAGAUCAAAGCAGAUGUCGGGGGAUCUUAAAAUGACCGUUUCUAAAAUGGCUAAAUUGAAAAUUUUAUUACAAGGUAGAUCAAAUUCAUCUCCAGAUGUUCUCAGCAAAUUAAUUGAAGUUAUCCAACUUGAUAUAAUAGAUUUAAAUAAAGCCAAGCUUGAACUAAAAGCUAGCAUCGUUAGAGUUAAAGAACACUCUGUCACCAAUACGCAACACUUAAAGCACAUUGAUCUCAUCGUUAUCAGUUUAGAAUAUCAUCUGUCAUUCCUGGUUUCCGAAUUUCGCCUUUUGUUAGAGGAACACAAAAGUUUGCUUUCGACAGAUUCCAAAAUGUCAAACACAAACAUUCCCACGAAUCCUGAUGUGAAUCAGUUAACUAAAUGUGCAUCGUAUUCAGAAAUAAUUACAUCUGACAAAAAUCAUUUCCCAAGCUCUUUCCAAAAUAUAUCGUAUCGUCCUACAGAAGACAAUCGGCCUCAAAAAAUCAACCACUUUCCUGGUAGUCCACCUUCUCAUACCUUGUCAUUGCCAACACAUACAGCUAAUUCACAUUCAUCAUCGAAUCUGUCAUCAGCAAUACCUGUUUUGGAAUUAAAUAGUUCUUCAAUGAACAGCAGACCAGAUUUUUAUGACUCAUCUCGCGUGGGAGCUACUAGCCAGGCGACCGAACAACUUCAGUUAUUUGCAAGUAAUCCUCAUGUUUCGCUUAUCGAUCAGGAAGUUCGUCAACGUGAUGCUGCAAUUCGACGAGUAGAAUCAACUAUCGUUCAACUUGGGGAAAUUUAUCAGCAAUUCUCUAGUUUAGUUCAAGAACAGGGUGAUCUGGUAUUACGAAUAGACAGUCAAACCGAUGAUAUGGAAAUGAAUAUUAGUGAGGCACAUGCACAGUUGCUGGUGUUUAUGCGACGAAUUUCUGCACAAAGAGGAUUUCUUAUUAAGAUGUCUGAAUGUACAGCUGUUAUAGAUCAUAUCGAUAGCAGCAAAAAAGAUGUUAAUGAUGAAAAUAUUCGCUUACCUUCAAAACGUCACUAUCGUCAACGAGCUCACUGUAAUCCUUGGUCAGAUCAUACACUUGAUUAUCCUCUGAAACCAGAAUUAAUGGAUUGGGAAACGUUAUUUGGAGAUUGUCGAAAUUCUUUGUCGCUAGUGAAUACUGGUUCUUUUGAUCCCCUCGUACGUUUUUUGGAUGUAGGUUGUGGAUAUGGUGGACUUUUGUUUAAUUUAUCUAUCUCUUAUCCAUUUACGCGGAGUGUUGGAUUAGAAAUACGCUUGAAAGUCUGUGACUUUGUUCAGGAGAAACUCAAUGCUCUGCGUCUGAAACAUCCUGGUCAGUACAACAAUAUAGCUUGUAUUCGUACAAAUGCGAUGAAGUUUUUGCCCAAUUUCUUUCACCAAGCUCAGUUGCACAAAAUAUUCUUCCUCUAUCCAGAUCCCCACUUCAAACGUGUUAAGCAUAAGUGGCGUAUUAUUUCUCCAACCUUGCUGGAUGUUUAUGCAUACCUUUUGAAACCUAGUGGUAAAAUAUAUUCAGCUACUGAUGUUCCUGACCUUGGCAAAUGGAUUAUGGAUUGUUUGUCCGCACAUCCUCUUUUCCGUCCAGUUUGUCUUAUUCAUCUCCGUCCUCAGAACAAAGAUACGAAAAAUUCAAGUGAACUAUUGAAGUUAUCUGCUGACUCAAAUGUAUUUAACAGCAGUCCUUAUUUUAUCAACGACUCUGAUGUAUUUGAGAAAAUGAAAGAAUCAGACCCAAUCCUAAAGUUAUUGGAACAAGGUUGUACAGAAGAAGCCCACAAGGCGUGCAGAGAAGGACGUGAAACUCUUAUUAUUGUAUAUGAAAGAAUUCCAAAUCCACCUCUGUAA